AUGGCCCCCGAUGCCAUUCGACCGGAUCGAGACCUGAUUGGAAGGCAGAGGAAUCCGCGUAGGAAUAGACGAGCCGACGAGGCACUCCCGGAACCAGCAGACGAUAAAACUGACAUGCAUUACGCCGUGCUAAUCCAAAGGCUUCUGAGCUGUGAUCAGAAUGCGAAACUGUCAAACGAUGCUCCCUUCCCUUUCCACCCUGAACAGGACCUCGUCACCCUUGGCGACCUGUUCGACCCACCGUACCCGAUGACGGCCGCGUGGAGUCAGCCACUAACCCCAACGACCAACCAGUUCGCCAGCAUGGACGAUACCUUCGCCGGCUUCAGGAGAUGCCUGCAAAAAUCCGUCUUCUGGAUCAACCGCAUCGGCGACAUGAUCCCCGGAAUCCAGCGUCGUGAAAAAGUUGAACUGCUAAAAAACGCUUUCCAUGGCUUUGCGUUGUGGCAGAUCUGUGUGGAAUCGUAUAGACUGAACAUGCCAAACCAAGUAGCACUAUGCAACAACAAGUCCUUGUCACUACCACUGAACUGGAAUUCGUGCCCUCGUUCGCCAUUCGCGGUACCCGACGAUCCGAAGAGUUCCCCUCCAAGUACUUGGGGGCCGAUGUUCGAGGGUGUGUGCUGGAGGAUGAUAAAUGAGAUCAUCGAGCCGCUACAUCGUGUCAGACCCAGUGAAGAGGAAGCGGCGCUCGUUUGUGCGAUCAUCAUCCUUGAGAAUCCCACUUUCACGCUACGUCCCGAGACAAGAACGGUCAUCGAGCAGCUAAAGGACCGUUUGAGCUGCUCGCUAAUGUAUUCGAUUCGGCGCGGCGGUUGCGAAGAUGUUGAGGACGUCCAGAGAUUCAGUCACAUCCUCAACCUGUUGCCGGCCGUUGCUCGCGUCAGCUGCAACCUAUCCGAUUGCCUCAAUUUGUCGCGAGUUUUCAAUCAACUCCAAGAGCCGCUGCUCCGACGCUUCUACGAUAUUUUGGCCAGCGGAGAUAAUGAGAAUUGUCUCCGUCUAACCGACAAAGAUUUCGCUGAUGUCGUCGCGACACUUUGCGACAAAUCGCUA